UUAAGUGUUACUGAGCGUCGGGGAGGGAGACGAGGUGCAUCUGACUAUGUGUGAAAUUUUGGAGGUGUGACAUUGGAGAAGGAAGGGACCAAAGUCAUCUUAGACUUGAGAAAGCAGAUGGUCACCAGUCCGGCCACACCGCGCAAGUGCUGGUGCUGACGUGACGCAGUGGUGGGCACAGACACAGGGUGGAAGCCACCUCCACUGGCAGCAGCAGAAGCCCAGCUCAGCUUCAGACCGUAGCACUGCGAAGGAGAAACUCUGCAGACUUUUCUCAAUGACUCUAUAGCCAACUGAUGUAACAAUGGUACUAAUAUUGGGACGCAGACUGAAUAGAGAGGAUAGUGGGAUACGAGAUUCCCCUGCAACCAAGCGGAAAGUUUUUGAAAUGGACCCAAAAUCGUUGUCAGGCCCUGAGUUUUUUGACUUCUCCUCGGGAUCAUCCCAUGCUGAAAGCAUUCUCCAGAUCUUCAAUGAAUUUCGAGACAGCCGGUUGUUCACAGAUGUUAUUAUCUGUGUGGAAGGAAGGGAGUUUCCCUGCCAUCGAGCGGUUCUAUCAGCCUGCAGCAGCUACUUCAGAGCUAUGUUUUGCAAUGAUCAUAGAGAAAGCAGAGAGAUGUUAGUGGAGAUCAAUGGCAUUUUUGCUGAAGCUAUGGAUUGCUUUUUACAGUAUGUAUACACUGGCAAGGUGAAAAUCACUACAGAGAAUGUGCAGUAUCUCUUUGAAACAUCAAGUCUCUUUCAGAUUAGUGUUUUGCGUGACGCCUGUGCCAAGUUCCUGGAAGAACAGCUGGAUCCUUGCAAUUGCCUGGGAAUCCAGCGCUUUGCAGAUACACACUCGCUCAAGACACUGUUCACCAAGUGCAGGAAUUUUGCGCUGCAGACAUUUGAGGAUGUGUCCCAGCAUGAAGAAUUCCUCGAACUGGGGAAGGAUGAGCUUAUUGAUUACAUUUGCAGUGAUGAGCUAGUGAUCAGUAAGGAAGAGAUGGUGUUUGAAGCUGUCAUGCGCUGGGUGUACCGGGCAGUUGAGUUGCGAAGACCAGUGUUACAUGAACUUCUGACGCAUGUCAGGCUCCCGUUGUUACACCCAAACUACUUUGUUCAGACUGUGGAAGUGGACCAGCUGAUUCAGAAUUCCCCAGAGUGCUAUCAGCUGCUGCAUGAAGCCAGGCGAUACCAUAUCCUUGGAAAUGAGAUGAUGUCUCCCAGAACUAGGCCACGCAGAUCAACUGGUUAUUCUGAGGUGAUAGUUGUUGUUGGAGGCUGUGAACGAGUUGGAGGGUUUAAUUUGCCAUAUACUGAGUGCUACGAUCCUGUAACAGGAGAGUGGAAGUCACUGGCUAAACUUCCAGAGUUUACAAAGUCUGAGUAUGCAGUGUGUGCUCUACGGAAUGAUAUUCUUGUUUCAGGUGGAAGAAUCAAUAGCCGGGAUGUUUGGAUUUAUAACUCUCAACUUAACAUUUGGAUCAGAGUUGCCUCCUUAAAUAAAGGCAGAUGGCGUCAUAAAAUGGCUGUUCUUCUUGGUAAAGUAUAUGUUGUUGGAGGAUAUGAUGGGCAAAACCGCCUCAGCAGUGUGGAGUGUUACGAUUCGUUUUCCAAUCGAUGGACAGAGGUGGCUCCCCUUAAAGAAGCUGUGAGCUCUCCAGCAGUCACCAGCUGUGUUGGCAAACUGUUUGUGAUCGGGGGUGGUCCUGAUGACAACACGUGUUCUGACAAGGUUCAGUCUUACGAUCCCGAUACUAAUUCUUGGUUGCUCCGUGCGACUAUCCCUAUUGCAAAAAGAUGUAUUACGGCUGUGUCUUUAAACAAUCUGAUCUAUGUUGCUGGUGGGCUUACCAAAGCAAUAUACUGCUAUGAUCCAGCUGAGGACUACUGGAUGCAUGUACAGAAUACAUUCAGCAGACAGGAGAAUUGUGGCAUGUCUGUGUGUAAUGGAAAAAUCUAUAUCCUUGGUGGAAGACGAGAAAAUGGUGAAGCCACAGACACUAUUCUUUGUUAUGACCCUGCAACGGGCAUUAUCACAGGAGUAGCAGCCAUGCCCAGGCCAGUAUCAUAUCACGGCUGUGUGACGAUUCAUAGAUAUAAUGAAAAAGGCUUUAAACUCUAAUUUUUUUCUUGAAAAAAGAAGACGGCAUGAAUGAAUCCAGUGGUCUGCUGCAAGACAGGCUUUUUAAAGAUUCCUGAAGUGGGAAAGUGCCCUUUCCCUACCUAAGUGUCAUAUGAAAACUAUAUCCUGUGCCUUUAGAAAAAGGGUUAAUUUAACUUACAAAACAAGUCUACAAAUCUAUCCAGUAACCAGAGUUCAGUUAUAUCGGCUAUGGGCUCUGAUACAAGACCAGUAAUAGUACGUUGUACUAGUGUUCAGAAAGUUUGCCCUGUGUGUGAUUAGUAAUUAAAAUCUUGGAAGCUUUGUGGGGAAAGUGCCUUCACAAGCAUUUGUGCCUGUGUCCUAAGAAGUGAUAUCUGCAAGGUGUUUCAGGUUCUGCUAAUUGGAAUUUACUUGCCUAUGUAUUUUUCCUAAGAAUCAUCUAGGAUAAUUACCUACAAUUAAAAAAAGCUUAUAGAAUUAUAAUUCAUAUGCACAGCAUUCUUACAAGCAGAUUACUUGGCUUAACCAAGUAGAUUUUAUGUCAGAUCAUGCAUGGUUUGGAAUUUAAAAAACAAAAAACAAACAAACAAAACAACCCCAAUUUAAAAAACAAAAAACAAACAAAAAAAACAACCCCAGAACCAAACAAAACAAGCUACAUAGGACAAACAUUAGAGUCUUUGAGGAAUGCUUUUUUCUGAAGGAGAAACUGGUUGUUUAGUGAGCCAUUGCAACACACUGCAGUGACGAUUGUGUACCUUAACGCUAUGGACCUUAUUCAUAGUGUUGCUAAAUGUUUAUCAGAAGUACAAGGUUACAUGACAUGGAAAACAAGUGACCGGUGGAGUGUAGGCAUGCAUCUGUGAAGCAAAUUUUGAAUCCCAGUUCUUAACUUUUUGAAUAGUAUGGCUGAAGUCUGAAAGUUACUGGGUUCGCUCUUUGCUCACUGCGAAGUAUCUCUAAACUAUUCACGGAAUAAAGGAUGAUGAAUUCUGGAUUCUUCCACUUUUCUGCAUCACAUUAUAAAUUACCUGAUAAUAGAGGUAGGGACUCAGGUUGCACCCUACAGCUUAUGAAUUGGUCUUUUCAGAUAUCUCAUCUGCAGAGAUGGCAGAGUUAUCCACCAAGUAUUUCUUGGCCUUUCUUCAGACAAUCACUUACUCUAGCAUAGCUAAACUACUGUAUAAGCUGCUUGGCCACAGAUAAAGAAAUUCUGGAAAGGUCCCUUCUGUCACCAGAAAAAUAUCUGUGGACCUGUCCAUGUAGCCAUAUGACGUAAUUCUCACAUAACAUGUUUUGGCUAAUUUUGAAGCCUAGGAAGUGCCUGUAUUUUGACCCACUUUUAAGUCCUCCCUAGAUUUAUGUACUGGGUCUCUCUAUUUCCAAUACACGCUUGUAUAGUUGAGGCACAAGUUCAUAAAAACUGAAAUAGCACUUGAGAGUUGGAAAAUGAAUAGGAUUGUCUGUGUACCAAUUUCCUGUUAAUCACCAAAAACCUCAGGAACUGCCUUUCAAAGGAAUUCUGAGGACAGCAGCCAGUAGGGAAGUUGGUCAGUGCCAGGGCAGAAAAAAAAACCAUAAGGCCCCUGCAGAGACAGCCCUGGCCUCGGGGUUCUGGUCUCCGUGCUUGCUCAGGAGGGUGAAAACAAACACCAUCUCUGGAACGUUGUUUUGUUCCACUGGACUUUCUUCAUCUGUUUUCCCAGAGUAUUUCUUCAUGAGAUGGAAAUUCUGACCCUCAGUGAAGCUAUGCCAAGCUGGGAGUAAUUUUCAGUAACAUAUUGUCAUGACUUUUAAAGAGCACUGGGAGCUGCACUUCAUGAUGCAUUAACUUGUAACCUCAGGAAAGGACACAAACUUUAGUUUCUGGCUAAAUACCAAACACUGCUUUGUAUAUGUUAAGAAUACUGAUGAAAUACAAAUCUCUGUGUAUCAGUGAUGUAAUUAGGAAGUCAGUCCCUGAGCAUGUACAUUCACGUUGCCCUAAAAAGAAAGUCCCUCGGUAAUGUAAGACAAAUGAAUCAGAUAAAUUAAUCCUUUUCUAAGUUUCUUGUGUGUCUGCUUGCCAAGUGUUACUUUGAAAAGGUAAUUUCAGUACCUGUGAAUAAGGUCCGUUGAUAGCAAUGCUAAUUGCCCAGUAACUGAUACUAUAUACUAACACUGUAUAUAACUUGUGCCAUCAUUGCAAAUGAAAAUAUAAAAAAUGAUAGGAGCACUUCAUUAGAGAUGCAAUUUGAAAAAUACUCUUCUUUCCUUUGAUUUCCUUCUUGUUUGUAGUAAGACUCGUAAUGUUGAUUGUCAUACUAAUUUUAAACAGUCUUUAUUCUGUAGGUGUAGAACAAUGUCAUUUAUGUAUAGGUAUCUUUUAUUCUGUGUUUAUAAUACUGCACUACUCUGUAAAUAACAAGAUACUGCUUCCUAUGAUUUUGAAGAUUCAUUUUAUAGUUUAGUUGUUUUUUCUUAACAAUUUAUGUACUGUUACCUAUUAUUUUGAAAAUGACAGUGUUUAAUGAACCAGUAAAUGCAGAAAUGUAGACGUAGAAGAAAACUUCUGCUUACAAUUCUUGAGAACCUGUAUUCAAUACUGAACAGUUACAUGUGUGGAGCAUUGCUAAAAUAGUUAUUCGUGCAAUGAUUUCCUUAAAACAAGCAGUGACUUUUUUUUCUUGUUAACUCUGUAAAUAAUUUGCAUUUACGGCCUGCUCUGUUAGAACAAUUAUUUUUAGAUGUGCUAGAAAAGAACAAUUCAACUUCGGUUUAAUGAAAAUGUACCAUUUUUCCAGAAGGAUGCAUUAAUUUGGAAGUCGCUGUCCUGAGCCCCCUGUUCUCUGAUGCAUUUCACUUAGGUAUAGAUGAAUUUGAGUAUUUAAACUCCCACUGUUAUGCAUAUCUAGCUGCUUGCAGUUUAUGGGCUUGAGCAGCAAGUUGUUUGGGUUUUUUUUUUUGUCUCAGCUAGGAGAGAAAAUUAUGAAUGUUGUCCAGUAUAAUCAAAAGAUUUCAAUCAUGAAUAGUAAUAGGUUUGACAGCUCCAAAGUAGAGACACCUGCACAAAGAUAUAACUUCAGUCUAACCAUACAUGGGAAGAGGGCUCAAGUAUUUCCAAAGUCACACCUAAAAAAAUAAAUUUUAAGAGUUGUCUAAUAUUUCACUCCACUAAACAAAUAAUUACCUUUGAAGUAUUUCACUCUUAAAAAGAAAUGAGACUAAAUGUUUUCCUUGUCCCUUUUGAUGUCCACUUCAUGAGUUAUGUCCUUCUGUUCUUAGCAAGAUUAUGUAAAUUGAAAAGAAAGUUGAUGUUUCCUUGCAGCCUGGCUUCAAGAAGGUUCUGAAUAGAUAACUGCAGUACUGCAUUAUAGUGCAGCCUUAUAGCCGCCUGCUUUUAGAUAUACCAUGCAUUCCCUCAUUUUACAGCCAUCAAGUGUGUAACAUUGCCUGGUAAUCGUUUAGUUUUACCUGUAGGCUCCCUUCUUGGUAAUGCUUAAGUAGGCAUAAUUUGUGGAAUCUCUGCCAUUUGUACCAUCAGAUAAUUCAUUUUAUACUAUGUGCCUGGUAUGCAUUUUGAGGAUUAGACGCUGUGCUUUCCACUCUAGCACCAAGGGUCUGGAGUUGUACUGGUAUUUUUUUAUUUUAAUUGGCACCAAUGCAGUUCUAAUCAAAGAUUGCUUUCGUUUCUACUCUCUGAAGCACAGGUAUCUUUAAUGCAGAUUAUGUUAUAUAAUAUUAUGAUAAUUUACUCAAGCUUUUUAAAUGGUGCUUUUAACACUGCAAAUUUUUGAGAAAGGCUGACGAUGUAGGAAGAGAAGGUGUUCACCUUGACAGAGGCCCAGAGGAAGCUUUGGUCAGUUGUGCUUGAGAGCAAGGACACUGAUUUGUUCCAGCUUCUUCCUCAAAAUAGUUGAGUUCACCACAUUAUCUUAAAUUAUUACUCAAUUUAUCCUGCUUUUGUUUUAUUUGAGCUACAAGGACAAAACAAGAAGCAGUCCCACUCCCUGUGACUUCAGGUUUCCCUCCUGCCCAAGGCAUGGUGAUGUGCUGGAGCCGUCACUUUUAGCAGGUAGGCAGAGCUGUGAACUUAGUCCAGCUCCAGAGACAGAAACGAGAGAAACUCAUGGAGGGGGGCAUGAGACACGGCAGGAGGAAAUGCAGUGCAUUUGGGGUUUGUGCGUUUGGCUGGGCUUGCUGAAACCAAGACAUUCUGGAUGCUCAUAGGUUUGCAAUUCCAGAUGCUGAAACUCAGGUGGUAAAAAUAUUUCACAUUUGUCAACUCACUGAACUCAGUUGGAGCGAUAAAGAUACAUAUGUGGUCAUGGUCUUCUAGUGGCAAUGUUCGAGAAAGCCAAAGGUUCAUUUUUCCUAAUUGCCCAACUGGGCAAGUAUAUGUGUGUGUUUUUCCUACCGCUGAAGAUGGCAAAAGCCAAUUCAAAAGCAUUAAGAAACUCCCAAGACUUGAUCUCUGUGAGGCAAAAUGAAUGUUUUCAUCUGAAUGUAGUCUCAUGCACACAAGAAAGUACAAAUUAAAUGGUUUGUUGUGCCUGGUUAAAAAAACCUGAGCAAUAUAUACUUGGAAAAGGAGUCUACAAGGUAAGAUGAGAUUUUUAAGCAGAAAUUUGCUGUCUGGUUGGGGGUCAAGCAGUGAUUUUUUUUUUUUAAUAUGUCUAGCACACAAGUUUCCUCAGUGUUGAAUUAUUUCAGGUGACAUUAAUAAAAAUGGAUCUCGCUGUCAGUUUAUCAUGAUUGUGACAGUGCUAUGAGCAUUGCCAUAAAACAGUAAGCAGCCUCCUACCAACCCCAAACCAGACGUGUGAAUCACGUGUUCUCUGCACACUGGCCUUGCAUCAGCUGUCUUCCAUAACUAAUGUUACACAUAAAUUCAUGUUGCUCAGUAUAUAGCCCUGAUACCAUUACUGUCUAAGAACUCUAUUUACAGGAACAUUUCUCUUUUUCUACUGUAGUGCUCCAGUCUAUGCUCAUACUUUUAUGUGUGCACAUCUGUGCAUGUGAAUAAUUUUGUGAUCAUUUUCUGAUAAUGCUGUUACAAGUAAUGCACAUAAAAGCCCCUGUGUACAGCAUGUUGAUAAUGUAAUUAUGGCUUACUUUGUAUUAUUAGUUCCAAAGAAAAUAAUGUGUGUUAAUUUUGAAAAUACCUGUGCCUUGAAUUCACCUCUAUUUUUAUCUAUUGUGAAAAAGAGCUUGGAUUACUUCUCCCAGUUUGUUAUCUGUAUUAGGAUCGGUCUUACUGUCCAGACUGUUGAUGGCCUUCUAAGAGAAAUAAAUCUUGCCAUUCGUUAACUAGAAUAGUUAAACCUCUUUUUAGAAUAUGCCUAGAAUGCUUCUAUUAUUACAAUGCUAUGACAGAUUUAAUCUAGGGAAAUCAGUAUUUGUUUUUUCCUAUUUUUUGUUUCCAGCACUCCUCAGUGACAAAGGAUUUGAGUUUAGUCUUUGACUUCCUGUCCUUAACGUGUACAGUUUCUUGUUUUAGUCAAUAGCCUCUAUGGUAUUUCUGAACGCUCCGACCUGUCAGUCAUGAACCUCUUGUUCAAUAUAUGUAAUAUGAAGCAAUAAUAUGGUGCAGCAUGGCAAUAAGCAAAAUCAAGAGACUUGAACAUAAUGUACUAUUACUAAUUUCAUCUGUGUAAAUGCUGGACUUAUGAAUCAUUCUCCUUUUGGUGCACCUGUAGCAAUUUGGAGUCAGAUUAGUAGGAGCUACUUGGCCAUGGAAAGAGAGUUUACCUCCCGAACUGUUACUUGUAUGAUUUUAUCUUCACCUGAAACCAUGUUUUGAUUUUCCUUUUUUGCUGAGGAAAGCAGCAGUUCAUGUUAUUCCUUGCCAGUUCCUUUAUUUACUGAAACAUAAAAGGCAUAGUUCUGUGAAGAGCUGAUCUUGUCUUCAAGAACAACCUGGUGCAGCACAAAUGACAUUUGAACAAAAAAAGUGCAGACCAGUUACUGCGUGCCAGAGUCAGCGUAAUGUUAUCUCGCAUAUAACAUUAAGGUCUUCAGAUUGUGCUGACAGUAGAAAAGUGAUUUUGUAAUGUAGCGCAAUUGCAAUAACACCUGUUAUAUUUAAAUAUAUUUCUUGCAUAAUCUUUAAAAGUUUUUUUUUAAAGUUCAGUGUACCUAAUAAACAUUUGCCUUUUGGA